AUGUGGCAAGAUCUCGAGUAUCUUAUCAACCUCCAUACGCCUCAUCGAUUAUUUGUAGGCUCGCGCCCAGCGAAGCCAGAGGAAUUUUCCAGUCGCUCACAUCUAGUCUGCGGCGUGCCCGCCGUGCAAGUUGCUAAAAGUCGAGGGCGUUUGACCACCACUGACCGCUUCCAAUUCGCCAAUCACGAUACUCGUCGGAAGAGACGGUUCCAAAUCGAGAGCCCGCUUAUGCUGCUCCUGCGCGAACGAUAUCUCGGCGAUCUCUUUCCGAUGGCGGUUCAGAAUCUCAGUGCUUACCUUGUCCGAAAGUUGGACGAGAAGGCAGCGGCUCUUGAACCUGAUGCACAAACGAGACCGUCUCAAGGUCUCACCCCUGGUGAAGACACUAAUUCAGCUGGCAAGCUACCCGAAAAGAAAAUGAAGAACAAGAAGGGCAAACACAAGAAACCCGAGCUUGGGGAUAAGGUAUUCAACACCCAACGCCCACCGAGCAAGUACUCGGCGACCGAAGUGCUGUCUACUCUCACGGAGGAACUUAUCAAAGAAGAACCCCACACGAACUUCGACUAUCUCGCAUUACACCACCGAUGCGUCAUGCUUCUGAUCUCGAUCCAGCUCUUCUUUCGGUCGGAGUGCCCGAUAAUGGGUACAAGAGCUGACGGACUCCCGCCGCAUAUGCUGCCGGCCUUAGCGUUCACAAUCAUGAACCUGUAUUCCGCGGAACCGGAAUCUCGUGCGCAUAAAGAUAUGAUGAUUGGGAUUGCGCGAAUCAUGAAGACAGGUAUCACGAAGGCUGGUAGGGCAGAGCUGGACCGGUUGGAGGACGUGUAUUGAUGCCGGAGUUUGCCUGCUUUGCACUUGCUCUCGUGCAGUGAGCAGUCUUUCAAG